AUGGAUACAGUCAAUAAAGAAAAUGAAAAUGCGAUGAAUAAAGGGUUGAAUACUCUCGAUGAAUUCUACGCUGGUAGUGGGAUUCUUGUGACUGGAGUAACCGGUUUCCUUGGAACAGGUCUCUUGGAAAAAUUGAUGCGCGUAUGUCCACGCAUCGCUGCCAUUUGUAUUCUAAUUCGUGCAAAAACGAACGAAACGAUAGAACAACGAUUUAAGAAGAUCAUGGAUGAUCCCAUUUACGAUGGCAUCAAAGCGAAACACCCCUCAGUUUUGAGCAGAGUUUACCCCGUGAAAGGUGAUGUAAGUCUGCCGGAUUUAGGUCUUUCGCAAGACGAUAGAAAUCUGUUGUUAGAGAAAGUAAACAUAGUGUUUCACGCCGCGGCCACUGUGAGAUUCAAUGAGCCGUUACACGUGGCUGUUAAUGUGAAUACAAAAGGUACCGCUCGUGUCAUCGAACUUUGGAACGAACUGAGGCAUCCGGUUAGCACAGCUUAUAGUAAUGCGAACCUAGAUGAGAUUGAGGAAAAAGUUUAUACUACGAACUUGAAUCCUCCAGCGGUAAUCAAUAUGUGUGACAAACUCGAUGAAACUUCGAUAAAGCUAAUAGAAAAUAGCAUUUUAAAAACUUAUCCAAAUACAUACACAUUCAGUAAGAAUUUAGCAGAGCAGAUUGUAGCAAGCAAUAGUAAACACCUGCCAGUUGCGAUAGUACGACCAAGCAUAAUUGGUGCUUCUCUGAAAGAACCAUAUCCUGGUUGGAUACAGAAUAUUUCUGGAAUUACAGGUUCCUUUCUGCUAAUUGGCAAAGGAUGUGCAACAGCGAUACGAGGUAGGAGAGAUGCAAGAUUGGAUGUAGUGCCAGUCGAUUUCGUAGUCGACACGAUAAUAUGUACUGCAUGGCAUGUCACGCUACAUCGUGAUCAUGAAGUUAAAGUAUACAACUGCACGAGUAACGCAUACCCUUUUACGAUAAUAGAUGCUACGAUAAAGUGUAACAUAGAAACGCCACUGAACGAUACGCUAUGGUACCCGGGUUGUCCAAUUAUAGCUAAUAAACAUAUUUACAACGUUCUAAGUGUAAUUCCACAUGUUUUGCCUGCGUUUGUCAUCGAUAUAUUUUUAAGAUUCCAAGGUAGUAAACCAAUAUUGAUGAAACUUCUAAAAAGUGGCAAUAAGCCGUUCACAUCGCUACAAUAUUUCAUCUUGUACGAAUGGACUUUCCAAAGGGAUAACUGUUCAAACUUGGCGAGGAAGGUAAAAAUGUUGAACGACAGCGAUAUGGUCAAACUAGAUUUAGAGGAUAUGGAUUGGGAUAAGUAUGUCGCAGUUUACCUGAUGGGAAUUAGGAAAUUUAUUCUGAAACAAGACUUUAAGUCAACAGGUCGACAACGGUUAUCAAGGUUGUACUGGAUAAAUCAGAUCACCAAAAUAUCCAGUAUGGUAAUGUUGCUAUGGAUAAUAUUAUGUAUUGAGUACUGACCAUUUAAACGUUAU